AUCUACAGCGUGAGUUGGCUGGUAUUACCGGGAUAAUCUCCGAAUAUCUCAUUUCAUCGGGCCAAUGAGAUAUCCGAAAGCCUCAACACACUCCUCUGUUCCAUAAUCUCCCUUUUCUUCCAUGCUAUUGACGCGUCCCCAUUACCAUUUCUGAUAUUGUAUGUGUUUUGAGGUUUAUACUCAAUAGAAAUCACAGCUGGCCCCGCGUUUGUAUUCAUGCCUAAACUAUAAAUACAAAAACUAAUUUAUUUAUCGGCUUGUAUCCUGCAGUCCGCUACUAGUACUUUAGGAAUAGGAUCCUCUUCUGUGUAAUUGUCGCUAAGGAGUGUUGUGGUUUUAGAUUACAUUGUAGAUCUAAUGGCAGUCGUGUUUGUAUAGCGACAGAAAAGACGGACAUCUUUAGUCAUUAAAAAAUAGCUUUUGCCAUAUUAUUAAGGUAACAGGAGAGAAAAGUAGGUAGGCACGAACAAAAACGUAACCGAAAAAGGUGCAUAAUUACAUUACUUUCCUAGUUUAGAGUUGCAUUUCAUCCGAAAUCCACCUGUAAUGAUGUUCAUAAUAUUGUACGGGACCAUAAGGUACUUAGUAGUAGUUUUAAUACCUAGCGGAACAUUUACGUGAUAACUUCCGACAUUAAUGUAUCAUGAGCUGUCGCGUAUGAAUAGGCUGCGUUAGAAAUUAGAAUUCAUCCGAGCAUUCUAAUGUGUCGACGAAUUGUGACUACGCUUAUGACAUACGUUUUCCUAACAUACUCAAAAAAAAUAACAUAGGAAGAUAGGUACUUAGAUACCGAAAAUUUUAAUAGUUAAUAAUUAACAGAAAUUAUUAAUAAAAAUCAUAAAAAAAAAUUACUACGCAAUCAAAAUGCUUUUCAUGUUAUUUUUAAUAACAAACUCAGCAUUAAUAACUGGAUACGAAGACUGCUUCAACAACAAACCCCUGAAGUACCAUCUCAUCGAGAAGUGUCACAGAUCCAAAUUGGGAAUAGCGGCGUAUGCAAAUUUCACUUCUAUAACAGGGUGCCAGAGACUUGGAUUGGAGAAGAGAGGUCUGGCGAUUAAUUUCAGUCCCCCUGAGGCACGGGAAGAUGACAUGGAUCAAUACACGUGUGAAGUACUAAGAUGUGCGGAGUCUGAAGGUGGUUCUUCACUGGUUAAUGACACCAGAUUUGAUUAUUAUAGCUUAUAUGCAAGGCCUAUACCGAUUGAAAACGCGACUUGCGUGCCAGCGACUGGAAUGUUCCACUUACUACCCAAUUUACUGAACUACACGGAGGCGGCUCGCGAGUGUAUGAACCUCUCUGGUAACUUGGCAGACAUCAUCACGGAGCAGAGGACUGAGGCGCUGGCGCAGGUGUUAGCCAACGCUAGUGUUAAUGAAGCCUUUGUGGGAAUGACCAGACAUAAUACAAGUGUUUUUAGAAGCGAUAAUGGUAACUCCUUGGACUGCACGACAUACCGCGCCUGGGCUCCUGGUCACCCUUGGAGAAACUUCUAUGAGUAUGACUGUAUGCUGAUCACCCGACAAAAGACUUGGAAGACCACGCCCUGCAGUAGUCGACGUCGAGCGCUUUGCGAACUCGUACCAAAUGGGCCUUAUAAAAGAGGAUCCAUAUUUCUUUCAAGAAAUCGAACUGAAACACUAACACAGAAAAAUUCUACGGAAAUAAGCACUGCUAUGGCGCUGUUCAAAUGAAUCAAUAAUAUCGAGAAAAUACUUUUAAAUGCUAGAUAUUUGACUAAAUACUUUUUAUCCACAUUUUUGUACGUGUUAGGUCUUAUUUGUAGCAAAACUCACCCACACACAAUAACCUAUGGCCUACGCCUGUAGGUAGUAAACACUCAUUAUAAUAUAUCUUAGCAAUAUUUCUAAAUAAAACAAAUGUAAAAAUUAUUAUCAUGACCUAUGUGUUUACCGCAUUAUAAUAUAUAUUAAGUAAGUAUAUAACUUUGAAAGAUAUACCUAAAUGCCAAUGCCGAUUAUGAAGUUUCCUUCACAGGUCCGUUGAAGGGUGGAACCUGAGUGCGAAGCUUAUCCAAAUACCCCACGCUACACGUUCAGCCGAUGAUAGCCGAUCUUACCCAGUCUUAAAACUUUUUAAUAAAUUGUUGACUAAGAAGAAUUUCAAAUGAUUCGACUGAUGGUCAUAGAGUAUAUACUUAUAUAGUUUUGCGGCAGUAUCACUAUUGUGGUUUAUCACUAUUAUGUAGGUGAGGGGGGCUACCCUAUUUGAUACGUCUGUCCCCCCACCCCCAAAGUUAAUACUAUUCAAAUAAGUUGAUGGUGAGUUCGAGUUAGUUAGGAUUAUAGAUUUUGUGAUACUGCCGUUGAUUAGAAAAAGGGUGUCAUGAGGGCGAGCAGCGUCCGCUAUUGGAUACGUUGCCCACUCGCCCCGUCUGUUUUCGAUAUAUUUUCAGGAAUCAGGAAUAAAUGAAAACACCUACAAUACUCUGGCAUAAUAAAAAAAGGUUGUUAGGAGGCGCCAGUGCCGCGAGCGGUGCUCGGCCCCCCCUAAGACAUUGUGCCCGUGUGCAGCGCAUACCCUGCACAAUAGGUAAAGCCGCCUCUGCUAGGCAUUUUAACAUUGCCUUGAUUAAUUUAAUAAAUAAUGAUAAUUUAAAUCCAUCAUA